UCCCCACAAACACGAUUCCAUCCAAGCUCAUUCUUCCCAAAAUUCUAUGUAGAUGUUCGUGUUUGCUGCACAUCUAGUUUCACAGAAGACAACCUCGAUGCCGGUGAUUUUUCCAACUGAUGAUCAAUCAUUUACAGCCGCCAUUUCCUCUCUGUAGAACAAGCUAAUAGGAGAUCAGUUACCGGAGGCUAAUUAGAGCAACAACUGACCUUUUUGUUUCUUUAGAAAACCACUAAAGAAAACUUCCCACUGUGUUCUGGACAUUCAUUAAAUUCUACAGUUUUACAAACAUCUGUUUUAGCAAACCUAAAGAAUCACAAGCUGUAUUAUAUGGCUGCAAGUCUACCCUGAUCCAUCUGAUGGUGAAAAUAAAGCUCUGACUGGGCUUUAUGUCUGCUUUCAGAAGCAUGAGAUCUACUGCAGAAUUACAUCCUCCAAUAUCUGCUGAUACUCAUGACCAAUUUGUCUCUAACAAAGAGGCAGACUGCAGUCCGGAAGAACCAGAAGAACUACGGCUCAAAACGAAACUGGAGGAACCAAAGACUCCACAGAUUAAAGAGGAAGAGGAUGAACGUUUCCUCCAGCAGGAUCGCCUUCAACUGGACCUGAAGCAAGAGACCGAGACUUCUGAUGAAACAUCGUCCGAAGAGGAAACGGACGACAGUGAUUCCGGCCUAAAUGAGAAUGAGCUCUUCUAUGGGAGUCAUGUUAAGGCUGAGAACAAAGAUCAGGAAAUGUGUGGUAAAAACGUGUCUCACUGCUGCGACGUUUGUGGGAAAGAGUUCAGGAAAAAAAAUCAUUUAACUGAUCAUAUGAGGACGCACACAGGUGAAAAGCCCUUCCUAUGCGGCGUCUGUGGCAAAAGCUUUGCUCGCAAAUAUGGACUAAAUAGCCACAUGAAAACUCACACGGGAGAGAGAUCGUUCUCCUGUGAAAUGUGCGGGAAAGCCUUUAGGGACAACGGACAGCUGAAUAUUCACAUCAGAACGCACACUGGAGAGAGGCCAUAUUCUUGUGGUUUCUGUGGUAGAAAUUUCAGUCAGAGUGGUCAUUUGAGGGAUCAUAUGAGGAUUCAUAUAGGUAAGAAGCCAUUCCAGUGCAGGAUCUGUGGCAAAACCUUCAUUAGGAAGAACUCUCUGAAAUGUCAUACUGUAACUCACACUGGUGAGAAGCCCCAUACCUGUGAGCUAUGCGGCAAGUCUUAUGGCGUUCGUGCUAAUUUGACGACUCACAUGAAGACACACAGGGGCGAAAGGCCUUUCACGUGUCUGAUCUGUAAGAAAAGUUUCAUUACAAAGUCAGCUUUGAAUAGCCACUUGAGCACCCACUCCUCUGAGAAGCCUUUUUCAUGUCCGACUUGCGGAAAAAGCUUCAGGGAGAAGACCUUUAUGACGGUCCACAUGAAAACGCACACAGAAGAGAAGCCUUUCCCCUGUCCCAUAUGUGGCAAAAGGUUCAGCCAAAGAAGGUAUUUGACCAAACACAAAAGGGGGCACCUGGAGGACAAGCCAUAUACCUGUGAAGUAUGCAGUAAAGGCUUCUGUCAGAGUUGUGAUUUGGCCUCUCAUAUGAGAACUCACACAGGAGAGAAGCCUUUUCCAUGUCUGACCUGCGGAAAAAGUUUUGGGAAAAAGAGUAAUUUAACUAUGCACAUUAGAACUCACACGGGGGAGCGGCCCUUCCCGUGUCAAACGUGUGGAAAAGGUUUCAGAGAAAGAACAUCUUUGAACAGACACGUGGAAACUCAGCACCCCUGAGAAAGUAUCAUUUCUGAAAUGGUGGCAGUUUGGCUUCCAUGUCUCCUUUGAGUUUAGCUCAAUGUUUAUAAUCUGCAAUCUGCAGGAAAAAAAGAAAAGUGACCCUCAGCAACAAAUUCAAAUUAAAAGUAUCGCUUUCUUUCAACCUAGAAAAAUCUGAUCAUUAUUCACUAAACAGAUAUAUUUUAAGUAGUUUUAUGUUGCUUUUGAUUGUUAUUGAUUAAGGCUAACACAAACCCAGGUUUUGGUUUAUUUCAGAUCUGGAAUAAAGAAAUUGGCUAAUCUUCUGCAUGAAUUACUGCAACAGUAUGGUAAGAAGUGCCUUUGCUGAAAUAUUAAGGACUCCCAGGUUGCUUUAAUUGCUUCUCAUGGCCCGUCUCUAUUGCUAGCCAGUAGAACACACUGUUAACGUGGUCUUUAAAGCAGCCUUGGUUACUUUGGUAGUGUGGAAGGUACCAAGUCCUGCUGAAAAUUGAAAACAUGAAUAAUCUCAUAGGCGAUUGGAAUAACAUUUCUGUGUUCAAAAUAAAAAUCUAAAUAAAAUUUACUUGAUAAAGUAAAUUAAAAGUUAAUCAUCUAAAUUAACAGAAUUAAAUACUUCAAUGUGGGUGAUACUGUAGGAAGUUUCACUUAUAUCGCUGAAUGAUUGAUUAUUUUUAAUAAUGUUUUUGGAUGCACAUGUAUGUCUGGAACUGUUCUCUGCAUAUUCUAAACUUUUUAUUUCUCACCCCUAAUAAGGGUGCUGCAUAUUUAUAUUGUUUUAUGAUGACAGCUGAGCUUUUUGUUACACUGAAUGCAAG